AUGACAGCUCUUGAAGAGGAGAGGAGAAGACAGAGUGAAGCGAUGGAACAGUUGAGAGAACAAGCAUGAUGCUGCGGAGGAUCUAAAGAGACAAUCUUUGAGGCCAUGGUGAGGCACAGAUGCAGGUUCUGCCGCCGCCGCUUCUCCGGUGGCCGUGCCCUCGCCGACCACAUGCGGUCUCACGUGACCUCUGCUUCUAAGAUGGCUCGGCAGGCCUUCCCCUCGCCGUCCGCCUCCUCGUCUUCCUUCCCGGUGGCGGCCGAGGAUGGGCCGGCGGUAGCAGUGGCGUAUAGACUGCGGGAGAAUCCCAGGAAAAGCUUCCGCCUUGCGGACUCCGAGUUCUCCACCCCCGGAGCUGCGGCCGAGGGCGUCGCGGGCGGAUCUUACUCUGUUGUCCAGGAUGGCGAGAGCGACGCGGAGUCGUCCUUCCGACGGCGGUUUGGCCGUCCUCGCCUCCAAGAAGAUGCCUUUGCUGACGCUAGGCCGGUCAGUUCCAUCUCUAACACCUCCACCGAGGAGGACGUCGCCCGCUGCCUCAUGCUUCUCUCCCGCGACGCCAGGCCCAAAUCCGAAGCAAGGGGCCACCAAUCCAAUGGCUGCGUCGAGGCCAAUGGUGACCAAGUGGAGGCGAUCUAUUACGAUGACGAGGUGGUGGAAAAGAAGGACCCGCCGGUCGCCACCAGAUCGCGGCGGAAGAAGACAAGGUACCAGUGCAGCACGUGCCGCAAGUUCUUCCGAUCGUAUCAAGCUCUCGGCGGCCACCGCGCGAGUCACAAGAGGGUGGGGCUAGAAUGCAUUACUACCGCCGAUGCCGAUGCCGAUGCUGCUGAUCGUGAGCCCAUGCUCUUCGAUUGCCCUUAUUGUUACAGGGUCUUCUCCUCCGGCCAGGCUCUUGGCGGUCAUAAAAGAUCCCACCUUUCCUCCGCCAUCGACGUCGCCACAAAAGUCCCCGCUCUCCUUCCGCCGCCGCAGCUCUCUGCCUUGGCCAUUAACGAUGACUUCAUCGACCUCAACGUCCCAGCUCCAUUGGAAGAGGAGCCAGACCACUCGGCGCUGUCCGUCGCAACGGAAUUCGCAUCAAAGUGAUUCCUUUCGUCCAAACUGAUCACUCUCGUAGCUCAAAGACGCGGAGGCCAUUCGAGAUGAAUUCUUCAGAAGCGAUGCUGCAACUAUCGAAAAUCUAUCUUUGAAGUUAAUUUCGUAAGAGAAGAUAAGUCGAAUCCGAUUUAUAUCAUUUUCCCCCUUUUUUGUUGUUGCUUAUGCGAACUCGAUUUGGGUCAUCAGUCAACGACGCAUCGCAUAGCAGAAUCAUAUGAAUCAAAGAGAGGAGUGAAGGAAAGGAGAAAAGAUCUUUUCCUUGUUGAACUUUUUGUGCUGCGAUUGUGUUAGUUAAAGGCUAAUCUUUGAGAAAGCUAAUGCUAUGUUCCAAGAAGAAUCGAUUUGGAUGAAGAUGAACAGCUGUGGUGGCAGAGCGCCGUUCUCAGCUGUUGUUGGUUCCUCGCUGUCACCGUUACGCGUGCACGAAAACCAUCCUCAACUCUUCUUUCAGUUCGCCGGCGAGUUUGGCCGAGAAAACCUCCUCUUCCUAACUUCAUAAUUUUACUCGUCGCUUCCCUUCACGUCUCCUUCCUCCUUUGGACGCGCGUUCAAAGAGUACAGCCAUAAUUCAAGGGAUCCCCGCUACCUAAGACGUACCCGGUCAUGUACCUGAGAAGCAUCAGAUCGCCCGCCGGUGGGUCC